AGAGGUGCCAGUGCAGCAGUGAACGAGUUAAAGCACAGCACGGCCAGUGCAGUAAUCUGCACUAUUCUGCACAAGCGCCAUUCCGGGAGUUUAUCGGAACAGUUUGACUGCGCAACAUGUUUAAACAUCCGUUUUAGUUCUUAUACAUUCCUGGAGAUCCGUAAUUUACAUUUUUAUUCAACGUAAUCAAAUAUAAGAUGGAAUACUGGUUGCGUGCUAAAAUAUACACAAAUGGAAAAUCUAACUAUUUAUUUCAUAUUCUUGGACUUUCCAUAUGCUAAUGCGAAGAACAGAAUCGGUUUGGAUUUGUGCAGUCAGUUUACAUAUUAGUAGGGGCUGCCUUUUCACCUGUUUGGAGAGCGCGUAAAACUCGCUUCUAAUUGUUUCCUUCGAAGGUGUUGUCAGUAAACGCGUUUGAGAUGAGAAACGAGUGUUUUGAUCCGCGCUGGACACUUGCACUGCUGGCGAUCCCUCAGAAGCCUGUUGGAGAGGAGCGCAACUUUGCUGCGUCUAGGAGAUUCACCGGUGAUCCAUCAUCUAUCCAGCGCUGUGCAGGAGCCACCGGGCGCGCAGGUGGACGUGGAUCCCGUCGUUUCCAGAGAUUAACCGAGCCUUGUUUGGAGUAAUGCCGGGCUCUUGGAUCUGGGGUGCGCUGGGAAGGUUGAUGUGGCUUUCAUUUCUUGCGCCAAGCGCUUUGAUAAUGAUCCUCGUUCCUCCGGCGUCUCUGGCGCAUCCACAACCAUGUCAGAUUCUGAAGAGAAUCGGACAUACGGUGAGAGUCGGAGCUCUGCAUCUUCAGCCUCGAGUAUUCAGGCAGGAUUCCUUCAGUGGGAGAGAUCUGGACUGGGAUGCGGACAGAGAAAUGUGGGAAGAGUGGGAUGUGAUAUUUCAAAGUGACCACGAAGAAGACUGGAGGGGUAUCAGGACUAAAAGCUCAGUGAAUAACCUCAACAAGGCCUCCAAAAGUAAAACCGUACUCAAACAAGUGGCUCCGGAUGUUGUGUUUCUGCCACGAGACUCUGUAUUACUCGCUUCAGAGAGCCUCAAUCGAGUGGCGGGGCUUUUACCUUACAACCUCACGCUCGAGAUUGUCAUGGCUGUGGAAGCAGGGCUUGGAGAAUUACCUGCUUUCUCCUUUUCCUCUUCAUCUACACCUGCCUGUGCGGAUCCUGUGUCGUUCCUGCAAAGUGUUUGCCACACUGUCAUUGUUCAAGGAGUUUCUGCCAUCAUUUCGUUUCCUCAAAACAGGGACGAACUGGUGAAGUUGGAAUUUAUUGCCUCAACGCUGCAGAUUCCAGUCAUCAGCGUCGUCCAGAGUGAAUUCCAACGACAGACUCAGAACUUACUUCAUUUCCAGAUGGCCAUGCAAAAUCCCCAAACCUCUCAAGCCAAUCUCAUCUUCUCCCUGCUGUCCAUGAAUAACUGGUUCGAUGUCAGUCUGGUGAUGUGUCAACAGAUGAACAUAUCAGACUUUGUUUUCUUGCUCCACAACAACUCCAAAUUUCACCUGGGAACCGUCCUAAAGAUUUCCACCAACAGCAGCUCCAAAAACGACUUUCACAUAUUCCUGCAAGCCCAGCUGGAGUCCAUCAAGGACUCGACGUCUACCUUAGUGACCUUCGGAUGUGACAUCAGGGAUAUUAGGAGAAUCUUCACCACUAUUGCAAAGUUUGGUUUGAUUCUUCCUGAUUACCACUGGAUUAUAGGAGACUCUCAAAAUGUGGAGGAAUUACGGACCGAGGGGCUCCCCAUGGGACUUCUUGCACACGGGCGUAUGGGCGAGCCUUCGCUGGAUCACUAUGUCCAGGAUGCUUUGGAGCUGGUGGCGCGAGCGGUGGGAUCUGCCGCCACUGUCUCUCCACAGCUGGCACUGAUUCCUGGCACCACAAACUGCCUGGCAAGGCUUGAGGCUAAAAAUCUCACAUCAGGAACCUUCCUGUCCAGAUACAUGGCCAGCACUUCUUUUGACGGCCUGAGCGGCUGCAUCAGUGUUCAAGAGGAAUCCACCAUCAUCUCUGAAAGCCAUCACUUCAUAUGGAAUCUACAACAUGACCCAAUAGGGAAGCCCAUGUGGACCCGUCUAGGCAGCUGGAAGCAUGGCAAGGUGGUUAUGGAUUAUGGUGUUUGGCCCAAUAAGAGACGGUCCCAGCCAGGAGCAGACUGGCGCCAUUCCUCACGUCUACACUUACGAGUCGUCACUCUAGUAGAACACCCGUUUGUCUUCACUCGAGAUGUUGAUGACGAAGGUUUGUGCCCGGCUGGCCAGUUGUGCCUUGACCCCCUAACAAAUGAUACAGCCUUACUGGAAAGUCUUUUUCAGGGUCUGCAGGGUGCCAAUGACACUGUCCCGUUGGAGUUUAAGAAAUGCUGCUACGGCUAUUGUAUUGAUCUAUUGGAGAAGCUGGCAGAGGACAUGGGGUUUGAUUUUGACCUCUACAUUGUUGGAGAUGGAAAGUAUGGAGCGUACAAGAAUGGUCGGUGGACAGGGCUUGUCGGGGAUCUCAUGAGCGGAGCAGCACAUCUGGCUGUGACUUCUUUUAGCAUCAACUCAGCACGCAGUCAGGUGAUUGACUUCACCAGUCCUUUCUUUUCCACCAGUUUGGGAAUCCUUGUCAGGACUAGGGAUACUGCCGCACCUAUUGGAGCCUUCAUGUGGCCCCUGCACUGGAGUAUGUGGCUGGGGAUAUUUGUGUCUUUACAUGUCACGGCUGUGUUCCUGACUUUAUAUGAAUGGAAAAGUCCAUUCGGAAUGACCCCGAGGGGGAGGAACAGGGAUCGUGUCUUUUCUUUCUCCUCAGCGCUAAAUGUUUGCUACGCAAUCUUAUUCGGCAGAACUGCCGCCAUUAAGCCACCUAAAUGUUGGACCGGCAGAUUCCUCAUGAACCUCUGGGCCAUAUUCUGCCUGUUCUGCCUGUCAACAUACACAGCAAAUCUCGCAGCUGUAAUGGUUGGUGAGAAAACCUACGAGCAACUCUCAGGUAUACAUGAUCCCAAGCUUCAUCAUCCAUCACAAGGUUUCCGCUUUGGAACCGUUCGGGAGAGCAGCGCUGAGGACUAUGUGAAAAAAAGCUUCCCAGAGAUGCACGAAUACAUGAGGCGAUAUAAUGCCCCUACGACCCCUGAUGGGAUAGAUCAUCUUAAGGAUGAUCCCCAAAAGCUUGAUGCUUUUAUAAUGGACAAAGCUCUUUUAGACUAUUGGGCUCAUGCUGAUAAAUAAUACAUUUCUCUGCUUUUGACAGGAUAUGGUAUUGGGCUCAAACAGAACUCCCCUCUGACUUCAAAUAUCUCAGAGUUGGUCAGUCAGUACAAAUCUGAUGGAUUUAUGGACAUGCUGCAUGAUAAGUGGUACAAGGUGGUGCCGUGCGGUAAAAGAAGCUUUGCAGUCACUGAGACUUUACAGAUGGGGAUAAAGCACUUCUCAGGGUUAUUUGUCAUGCUAUGCGUUGGAGUGGCCCUGUCUCUCCUCACCACCCUGGGUGAACACAUCGUCCAUCGCUGGGUGAUUCCCAGAAUGCAGGAGUCAACAGAGCAUAAGUACUGGCUCCACACCAGUCAAAGAUUACAUCGAGCACUUAAUCCGACAUUCAAAGAAGACAAAUUGCAGACAGUUGCAAAACCGGAGAAAAGCUGCAAUGUUGGAAACAACCAGCAGAUGCCAUGGAACUCUUUGGGAACCCCCAAUUGCAACAGACGAAAACUGUCCAAUCAAGAGGGGCAAAAUGACCUGGAAUGCUGCCAUUGUAAAGAACUGCUGUGUCCACAGGAGAAGAGGCAGCUUCCAUUACAAGCCACAUCUAACGGAAGAACCGACUUACUGGGUCUGGCCCAGAACCCAAUCGUACAGGAAUUAACAGACCUGGAAACGCAAAUCCAGCUUAUCAAAAAGCAACUACAGCUUGCAAUGAAGAAGAAAAAAGAGCUGGAGCAGUAUCAGAAGACAAAGACUUUAACCGAGUCCUAGACUCGUGGAAGAUUUGGCUGGAGUUUUAUGGGUUGCGUUGUUCAAAGUCUUGGACCUUCUAGUUGAUUAUUUCAACUGCAGCUCCUAAGGGAAGCAGGACUUUCUCAGCACUUUCUUCGAAGCCUUUUUGUUAUUUGUUUUUAUGUUUCAUUUCUCAUUGAACUGAACUUGAACGAAAGGACAUACAGGGAAAUAUGAAGUCAAAAUGGGAUAUAAGCAGUGUGUAUUUCUGUAUUCCCAGAAGUUCAGUUCUGGGAAUACCUUGUUUUUAAUGCAGCGACGUGACAAAGACAGCAAGUAACUGCAUAAAAGGAAGACACUUAUGUGUCAAAAUGACAUUUAUUUAAGGUGUCAAAGUGAUGUACGGUAGCGUUUCCUGCAUAUUGAUACGCAGGGCUGAGAAGAUUUUUUUUUUAAAAGAAGAAAGCCACACAGUUUUCUCUGGAGUUGUAACAAGAAAGUGUUAACCUUGAACACGCUGUUGACCUUGAGUGGUUAUGUUUCUAUGGAUUAAAAAGGCUUUGAGAUAUA